UGCAUGUGUUUAUAUGGUGUUUAUUCUGUCAGCUGUUGGUGUAUGUCGAGCCGAUCCUGUGGAUAUUACGGGGUCGCUCUGACCACAGCCUCGUCUGCAGAGUCCAGUUCGCAUUUUGAGCGACGCCCCCAAAUUCCGUGCAGAGUGUUUGCAGACCCUCCGGGACGGAGAGGUGGAGGAGGAAUCGGCAGCUCCGCCGUCCGUGUACGCUACGAUCACCUCGCCAUUAGUUCAUGACUUCAUCAUAUCUUUGACAGGAGAGUUCGGGUUGUAUUUGGAAGCUCUCCAGGACUCUGAGGCUGCUGCAGAGAAUGGGAAUAGGGACACAGGCCAAGGCUUGCCAUUUUGGCUGAAGUAACAGCAGGACGGUUGUCAACCCCGCAUCGGCUUCAAUCCCCUUCUCCCUCACCUCUCCUCCCACACUCACACUCACAAGGACAGACACCCCCGAACACAGCCACUGCUAUGUCCACCGCGGUAGACAUCGCUGGCCCUUCCUCCCCAGAUCAGGCCCACAGCAGCGCUAAAAUCCCCAACGAGCCACUGAGACCGAGCCUGAAGCGCUCCAGCCACCCCUACAGCCUCUCCCAUUACAUCUCCACCCCUUCCCCGGCCGUGGAUGUGAAAGGCCUGAUCCAGCCCUCCCCGGCCCAGGAGCGGGCCGCCCAGCCCGGCCACAAUAAGCCUCGCCGGGCCCCUUCCUGGCCCGACAUGUUUGAGUCACCCAGCGGGCUCCACCUGGCCCACGCCGCAGAGCUGCUGAUGCGCGCCGGGCUGCUGGCUCUCACCCCCGCCACCACAGAGCAGGCCAGCCUGGGUGCACAGAGCAGCCAGCCGGCUAAAAGAGAGGCUGCAGAGGCGAAGGGGGGAAAGGGAGACGGCGAGGGAGGCGGAUCCGGGCCUGAGGAGGAGGAAGAGGACUCCUCUGGAUGUGGCACUGACUUCCAGCCCUUCCUGGGUGCCUGGUUUCCCUUCAGCCCCGCUCUGUUCCCCCUGGCGGGCUUCCAGAUGGGGGGAGGCCACUGGAGAAGCACGGCCAUGGGAGCGGAGGGCAUCGAGGGGCUGGUGGCCGAGGGCUACUCUCCCGGCUCUCUGGGCGGAGGCAGCGGAGGGAGGAGGAAGAGGAAGAGGUGCGGGGAGUGCAUACCGUGCCGACGUCAGACGAACUGCGAACAGUGCAGCAGCUGCCGCAAUCGCAAGAGGGGACACCAGAUCUGUAAAUACAGGAAGUGCGAGGAGCUGAAGAGGAAGCCUGGAGGGCCCGGGUUUGAGAGCAGAGUGUCUGGGUUUGAUCUAAGGGGGUCCGACUUUACUUUGGGUCUGGCACAGGAGAGAAGCAAUGGAGCCUUGGAUGGAUAGUAAUGCUUGUGGCGGCAGCAUUUGUCAGAGGAUCCUGGUUGGAUGAUUGUUGAGGAGCUGCAGCUUGAUAAAAACACACAGGACACCAUGUUAACAUGCUCGGACUGUGAUUCAGAGAUCUUCAGAUCUGGUGUUUAGCGAGAAGCUGCAGCUCCGUUUAAGAAUGUCCACACUCGUUCCCAUCCUUUCUUUUGACAAUCAGAGAAUUGGAGAGGAGAGAAAGAAGGAUACCAAUGUGUGUCAAUAUUUAGAUGACGACAAAAAUGCUGUAAAUAGACUGUAAAUAUCUGGAAAACAUUAUGUCUUUUUGUUUUUUUACAUUGCUUUCCAGUUUGGAUGUAUUGUGCUUCAACAUAAAACGGAGCCAAAUGUUUUUGUUUCUAAUGGGGAGUUUUUGUUUCUGUUGUUCUGACGUCACUGCAUCAGUAAGAAACGAAUGAGUUCGGCCUCGGCUAAAUUAUUUCAUGUGCAACUUGUACUGUAUAGCUCUGUUUGCCCUUUUGAAAUAAAAGAAAUUUGCCAUGUGCACUUGUCUACAA